AUGUAUGCAGAAGGCAUGGAAGAUUUGACUGAAUUAAUUCUUCAUCACCAAUUCCUUCCACAUGAGGAAAAAGAGGCAAGCCUUGCUCUGAUUAAAGAUAAAGCAAGAAACCGUUAUUUUCCUGCCUUUGAAAAAGUGUUGAAGAGCCAUGGACAAAAUUACCUGGUUGGUAGCAGGUUGAGCAAGGCUGACAUUCACAUGGUUGAACUUCUGUACCACAUGGAAGAGAUUGACCCCACCAUCAUGACCAGCUUCCCUCUGCUGCAGGUCCUCAAGAGCAGAGUCAGCAGCCUCCCCACAGUGAAGAAGUUCCUGCAGCCUGGCAGUCAGAGGAAGCCGCCUGUGGAUGAGAAGACAUUUGAAGAAAUAAAGAAAAUUUUCAUGUGA